AUGGAUAAUUGUUUUCCCAAGAAUUACGCUGUCCGUCGAUUACCAACGUUUAAAAAUAUUGAAAAUAUAAUAAGACAAAAAACCAGUUCCUUAAUUAACGAGCAUGAUAAAAAUAAAUUUAGGGAGGGAUGCAGAUAUUUGGCUGAUUAUCUAAUUAAAAAUAAUAAUCCACCAAAAUAUUAUGAAAAUUUUAAAGUUACGUGGAAGGGAACACUAAAUUAUUGGUUAAAAGGUUACUAUAAAAAUCUAAUCAAAUAUGGACGAUGUCCUUUAAUUUUAGAGGAAAAAGAUAAACAAAUUUUAGAAUUAAACUAUGAUGAAGAAGAUUUCUGUGAAAUGAAAAAUGAAUAUCUAGAAGAAAUAAAACGUUUAAGUAAAAAAUCAAAGAAUUCUGAUAGUUAUUCAAGCAAAUGUAAUGAAUAUAAUGAGUGGAUUGAUAAAAUGAAAAACUAUUUUGAGGAAAAGAGAAGCCUUUUUGGAAUAUGCUACCAAAAAAAAGAUAAAAAGAAAAAAAAAAAAGGAAGUUCAGAAGUUAUAUGCGACUUAAUGAACAAUCAAACUUUCAAAAAACUUACUGACUGCCCCCUAGUAGAUAAAUUACAACCUCGUGAAGGUCAAUCUGAAAAGGAAGAAAUAGGUUCACAAACACAAGAUAAAGAAAAAAACGGAGAAUCACCUAUAUCACACGAUUCACCCAAACAAGCCGAACAAACUGAACCUACAGAGGGAGCUACCCGUAAUCAUAUAGAUCAAGAUACAAAACAAAAUCACCAUGAGGAGAUAAAUAAACAGGAAUCUGAAUCUCCACCUGGUCUCCAAACAAAAACUUAUUUAUCAUCACUUGAAUCUCCUUCUAAGGAAGUUGAAGCUAAUUCUGAAAAUUCUUUACAGUCUCAGACACCAUCACUUCUCUCAAAUUCCCAACCAUCCUCAGAAGUAUCAGGUAAAUCUGUAUCUCCUGCUUCAGUUCCGCUAGAUACAAAACCAGAAAAUCCUUCCGAAAGAACACUAUCUUCUCCAAUAUCAAAAUCCUCUUCAAGCUCUUUUGUUUCAACUAUACCCUCUGUAACUUCAGGACAGUUAAAAAAAAAAAAAAAGAUAAAAAGAAGACAAACAAAAUUUCUUAAAAUACUAAUACCUUCACAUUCGGGCAGAAAAAGAGAAUUUUUAACUCAUAAUCAUUUGGAGCACCCAUGUUAUGAUGAUGAAGAAAUUACUAAAAAAAUAAAAAUAUUUGAAAAUAACGUGAUAAAAAAUUUACAAGAGAAGAAGCAAAAAAAUGAAAGGACUAAAACUAUCAUAGAAGUACAUUUGGAAGUACUUGAAGCGUACAGAAAAGAAGAAUGGGAAUGCAAAAAAGGAGAAUUUUUAGAAAUAUGUCUAGAUGUAUUAAAAAAAGAAAGAUAUGGAACUCAUUCUAAUUUAACAAAUGAUGAUCUAAUAAUGAAAAACGUUAAAAGUUGCGGUCAUAUUGAAAAACAAAAAAUCUUAUGGAACAAGUGGAUAGAAAAACAUAAAAAUAUUUCUGAUAAAUUUAAAAAAGUGGACUGGUUUAAUAAUUUGAAAAAUGAUUGGAAAAAAGAAAAAUCAUACAUAAAAGGAAUGGUAGAAUUAAAAAAUAAGUCAUCGAAUGAAUAUAAAAAUAUUCUGUUCUUGCAAAGAGAGAAAGAUGUAUGGAGGAGGUGGAUAUCAGAAAAGGGAAAGAUUCUAAAACAAUAUAUUGAUCAAAAUUGGUUUAAAGAAUCAUCAGAUGUUAACCAGAAUAUGUUAGAUGAAUACAAAAAUGAAGAAAAAGUAAAUGAUAUGUUACUAAUAAAUAUAGAAGAAUUGGAACACGGAAAAAAUUAUGAAGAAUUAUAUAAAUAUAUAAAAACAAAAUUACUAUCAAAACUUUGUAUAUUAGUACUUAUGACAAUAUUAGAAGAAUGCAAAAAAGAGGAGUAUAUAGAAGAUAGAGAAUUACAUUUAGAUACUUCCAUAAAUGAAAGGAAAACUAAAAAAAAUUCAGAAAAAAUACCAGAAAUUUCAGAUAAAUUUAUUGAAAAGUAUAGUAACGUUUAUGAAAAUAACAAAAAUAGCAAUAUUCAUAAUAAUAUAGAGGAGAACUUCUUUAUGGAAGAGAUGAACGAUUGGAUAGGAGAAGAAGUAACUUAUGUAAAUUCCAUAGAAUGUGUAAGUAAUAUUGACAAAUAG